GUGCAGCAGGCCGCGGCAAGCUGGCGUGCUGGGCGCCCUGCGCCGAAGGCGCGGGAGGAGCCAGGCGGAGCUGGAUGGCGGUCUCGGCGGGCGCCAAGAAGGCAGGGACCGAGGCGCUGCGGGCCGCUGGUGCGGACGUCACAGACGACGACGUCGCGGGGCUCGUCCUGAAGGUGCGAUCGACGUUGAACGCGGGGCGGGCCCCCCGUUCGAAGCUGGACGAGGCGCGACGGCUGGAGGCAGCGCUGGACCCGGUGGCCGUCCGCCUGGCUUUGGGGAACCCUGAGGUCCCGGGCUCCGAGAUGGCCGAGGCCCUCUGGGGGUUCACGGAGGCCGCCACGUUCUCCACUCAGGCGGAGAGUCGGAUUCGACGAGUAGCCGCCGACACCGACGGCUGGGAGAAGGUCGCGGACCGGAUCUGGGCCCGUGCUGUCGGCGAGGACGGGGACACGCUGCCCGUGGACUGGGUGCUGCACCUGGGCAUCGGUCUCUUCCUGUCCAGCCUGGUGGUGGUGCUGUGGGCCGACUCUGGGCGGCACCGCCUGGCGGGCGCGGCAGUGGGGCUGUGCGGGACCUCCCUGCUCGUGCGGCGCGUGCCCGAGCGUGUGAACGCCUGGUGGGCGCGCUCGAGGCGGCGCUCGGCCUUCGCCGCGGCGCUCAGCAGCGGCGGGGACGGCCUGGACCUCGCAGCCGCCGAGGACGACGGCGCGGCCUGGGGCGCUCCAGGGGGCCCGACGCCCAAGGGGAGCUGCGCGGCGACCGCGGAGGCACCUACGGGCCCGCUGCACCCGCCUGGGCUCGCGGCGCUGCCGCCUCCGCCGUGGGCCCCACCUGCCGAGGGCGCGGGCGCGGGUGCCGCGACGGCGAAGCCCGGCUCGCAGGAGGACCUGGCGGCGCUGCGGGCUUUCGCCCAGGGGAGCGAGGUGCCAGGCCCCUUCAGCCAGACGGCGGCCCUGCAGCAGCAGCAGCAGCAGCAGCCGCAGGUGCCGCCUGAGGUGGCCGUGCCAGCGGCUGGGCUCAGCUUCCAUGCGCCGCGCGCUCCUGCAGAUGCUGUGAAGCUAGGGCGAGAGGUGCAGAUGGUGGGGGCCACGCUCCGCGAGUUCCAGGCGCAGGCUGCCACGAACGUGUACUGGGCCUGGCACUUCUGGGAGAGAAUCGCGGCCGUGGACGGUUCCCUGGGGCUGCACCCUGACCUGCGACGAGUGCUGCAGACCCACGGCUACGUGGGCGCGGGGACGAAGUCCCCGCCAGGAGGGUCGCUGCCGCAGGAGCUGGACGCGCUGCUCGCCUCUGCCACGGCGCCGCACGGCGCGGGCAUGCAGGCCUCCCCGGGUUGGGCCUUGGCCCCGCAGACCCAGCAGCAGCAGGAGGACAGCCGAUGGAACCUGAGCCUCCCGCCGGAUCUGAGGCGCGCGGCGCCGGAGAUCCACCGCACCAUGAGGGGCGCGGGGGCGGCCAGUGCACGCGACUGGCUGUCGCAGGAGGUGACGGGCCAGCGGCAUGCGGCGGUCUGGACCGAUCUGUGGACCGCCGCCACCAACGUGGACUACUUGCUGGGCGGGUGUAAGACCCAGUCCGAGCUGCUCACCCGCCUGGCGUCCGACGACGCGCUGGAGUUGCACUUGAGGCGGCUGGCGAGCUACGUCUACGAGAUGCGGACGAAGGACAAGGUGGGGGCGGCGGCGAUGUUGGCUGUGCGCCCGCCAGGGUCGGCCGCCGACUUGGCCCCCACCUGGCUGGUGACCGAGGCCACGACCCACAGCAAGGCCGAGCACCAGCGCGACGAGAGGGUCCACGCCGCCAGCAAAUUGAGGACGCGCUGGGAUCGACGCAUGCGCGUGUGGCGUCGGGCCUGCGGGCUCAUCGAGCUCAUGAAUGGGAUGGACCGCGGAUCCCUGGAGGCGAGACCAGCGGGCCAGCGCGAGUCGAGCGACGACGAGAUGAUGCUGGCCUGGAAGCUCGUGCAGCAGUACGCGUUACAGGACGCGGCGCGGUACGAGCGCGACUGCCGGGGGCUUGCCCCGACAGGCGGUCAAGGGACGGAUCUUGCCUGCGACAGAGGACCGCAGGACGCCUACACUGGAGAGCGCAAGGGUGCGAGCAGGCACGUGACGAUGUGCGCAGCGGCGGUGGCAGAACCGCCUGAUGACAUGGUCGUGGACCUGCUGGAGGCGCUGCCCGACGGCGAGCGCCAGUAUUAUUCGGACGAGCGGAACGUGCUGGACUACAGCGGCAAGUCAGGGGUCAUCUUCGAGGACGGGGGGCUGGAGGAUGGCGACUGCGUGGAUGACGGACCUGAGAACGCUCAGCAGCAUCGCUACGACGACGACUGGCUCGGGCAGCAGUCCAGCUGCCGCGCCGCGCCGCCUAGCCCGGCGGGCUACAGCGUGGCAGAGUGGAUAGAGGCCGUGAAGCGGGCGAAGAGGGCGGACGAGCGGAUGAUGGUGGUGAUGCAUCUCUUCGCUGGCCGUCGGCGGCGUGGUGACGUUCAGGAGGUGGCGGAGAGGCUGGCGAAGGAGCGGAACUUGAGGGUGCUCUUCCUUUCCGCCGAUCUCCUGGACGACCCGCGGUGGGACUUGGCCAACCCCUCCACUUUCUCCGCCUUGAUGGAGCUGUGCGAGGGUGGCUGGGUGGACAUCGUGCUGGGCGGCCCGCCCUGUUCGACCUGGUCGCGGGCGCGCUACAAUCGUCGCCGACCUGGCCCGCCGCCGGUGCGCUCGCGGCUGUGCCCCUGGGGUCUGCCAGGUCUCAGGGCCUGGGAGGCCGCGAGAGUCGCGGAGAGUAACACCCUGACGCUAAACUUGUUGGCGCUCUGCGAGGCGCGCGGCCAGAGUGGCGGCGCCUUCCUCAUCGAGCACCCGGAGGACCCAGGGCACGCGCCCUACCCAUCCAUCUGGAACACGAAUGAGAUGCUGGACUUCGAGUCGAGGCGCUCGUCUCGGAGAGCGUGCUUGGACCAGUGCAUGCUGGGCGGACGGACGAAGAAGCCCACAUGCCUGAGCGGCACGCUGCAGGGGCUGGAGGACCUGAAUGAGCUGCGGUGCGACGGGCCCCACGUCCACGAGUCGGCCGAGGGCAAGUUGAACGACGGCACCUUCCGCACGAGCCCGCUGGCCCAGUGCCCCGAGGGGAUGUGCGAGUCGCUGGGCUUCUUGAUUGUCCAGACCUUGGCCAUCUUCGAGCAGACCGGCUUGGGCGGCACCGGGUGGCGAAGGCCGCCAGAGGCCGACAGGGCGGUCACAGCAUGGGGCUCGCGGAGCACUACGGCACCAGCGGUGGCCGUGCGGAACGAGGACGUGCUUCGCGGCCGCGGGCUGGUGCUGGACGGGCCGCAGAUGGCCUUCUACCUGCACGUCGACGACGGCGUGGUGAUGGCGGGGGGGCAGCGGCUGUGGCCCACGGGCCACUGGCAAGAUGCACCAGCUGGCGGACGCCCUGGCCGAGGCCGGCUUCGUGGUCACCGACCGCACGGAGGCCAGCGACAUGCAGAAGGUGCUGGGCUACGCACCACAGGCGCGUCCAGCGCAGCUGCGCUUGCCUCCGAAGAGGGCGCGGGAGCUGGUGCAGCAGCUGGAGGCGAUGGGCGCCACCCGCACCCUCCACACCGAGGAGCUGCGCUCGCUCUUGGGGGUCUGGAUCUGGGGCGCUCUACUGCGGCGCGAGCUGCUCUGCAUACCCAGCGCCGUCUUCAGACUCCUGGAGAGGUACCCGCACCAGCGGGUGAGCACCUGGGCGACCGCCCGCAGGGAGCUGCGGGCCAUGGCUAG